AUGUCUACUCGAAAGAACAAGUACAUCAUCCCGAAUGUGCAGCAUUUCUCACUAGAUCCUCGCGGUGCCCACCCUGACUUGACAUUUCAAUUCAAGCCUACAUGGCAGUCAUUGUGCAGGAAGGAUGUUCUGGCUGCCUCCGAAUAUGAGCCAUACGUGACUCUGCCCCGUGUCCUGAUACCUGUUCCAGGUCACCCUUUACGGCCGCCCAAGAUGCGCUAUGGGUGGAUUGCCAACACAGAUGCUCUCGUCGAACUUGCCAAGGAGCUCGAUUGUGUUGAAAUGUGUGCCCCCCCGGUGACUUACUCGGAUGAAUCCGACGACGAAGAUCUGGAUGAGGAAGAAAGACAGACUGUGAUCAAAGAAAAAUACGAUAACAGCACACCGGUCCAGGCAAUCCUAACCUCAAGAUAUAAUCCUGACAAAUUCCCAAGCGAGUCUGAAGGGCAGUACAUGGCCAGACGUGCGGGAUGGGAUGUGUUUUGGACAUUCGACAGGGUAGUAGACAUCGUGAAAGAGGAGGAACUUGCUGCUCGGGGUGCCCUCGAUCUGACCCUCGUGCUCUUCCAUAAAAGCACUCCCUUCAUGAUCUCGGCCUUCACAAACUACGACCUUACCUCAAAACGACUCCCUAGCGUGGACGAUUUGGACAAGCUGGCGCGCCGGCUGGGUCUACAGGGAAAGGCCCAGUGGUUCUUGGAUUCAUUAGACUGGCGGUGGCAUGACAAUGGCCAGCCUUACUAA